CGUUGACUUGAUACGUAUAAUACAAGGUUGCUGCUGCAGCAAAAAGCUUACUUCCAUUGUACGAUUUCAACAAAGAGAAGAUGAAUUGUAUCUGCACCAAAAAAGAAGGGGUGAUAUUUAGGCCACAAGUGACUUGUUAACUAAUUUUAACAAAUUUGUUGGGUUUUUAUUUACCUGAAAGAAAGUUGACCAGGAAUCCAGUAUAUUUUUGUGUUUUGAAUUGUAAUGAGGAGAAAGUGUCACGUGGUAGAGAUAUCAUGUGAUUAGCAUUGCGUAUCAUUUUUUGUUAAUAACUUGCGGAGGGAUAUUGGGGAAAGAAGCCCAAAGCACAUGAUCAUACUGCUGCUUAGACCGCACUAAAAGUGAACAUAGAAUUCAUCAAACAACAACGUUAUUCAAAUAUGCCACUUUGGUUGUGGAAAACUACUGAAUCAAAGAUAUAGUAAUACUCCCUUUCCAUAUCUUAUACUUCUGUCUUCUUUUCUUUCUUAUAUGGAUGAAAAAGUCACAAAAACUUUUAUGUAAUGGGGAUCAUUACUCGCACUCACAGUUGUGCCAAGAGAAAACCAAGUGAUAGUAUGAGGAUUAUUGUGAUCUUUUUCGUUGGAACUGCUCUAGGCUUAAUUGUUGGAGUAUCAUUGCCAACACUGUCAAUAACAAAGUUCAAUCUUCCAUCCAUUAAUCUCUCGUGCAUUCAGCAAAAAUUUACAGAAACCAUAUCAUCACAAGACAAGUUCCUAAAUGAUCCAUCCAAGAUUUGGGUUCCAACAAAUCCAAGAGGUGCAGAAAGAUUAGCUCCUGGGAUUGUCAAAGCAGAAUCGGAUUUCUUUCUGCGCAAAUUAUGGGGUCUUCCCAGUGAGGAUUUCACCUCAAAGCCUAAAUACCUUGUGGCCUUCACUGUUGGGUAUGAGCAGAGAAUGAAUAUUGAUGCAGCAGUGAAAAAGCUUUCAGAGAACUUCACAAUUGUUCUAUUCCAUUAUGAUGGCCGAACAACUGAAUGGGAUGAGUUUGAAUGGUCCAAACGGGCCAUUCAUAUCAGUGUUCACAAACAAACCAAAUGGUGGUAUGCAAAGCGAUUUCUGCAUCCAGAUAUUGUGGCACCAUAUGAGUAUAUUUUCAUGUGGGAUGAAGACUUAGGUGUCGAACAUUUUAAUGCUGAGGAAUACAUAAAACUUGUGAGGAAGCAUAAGUUGGAGAUUUCACAGCCUGGUUUGGAACAAAGUAAAGGAGCGCCAUGUUGGAAUAUGACAAAGAGAAGAGAAGGUCAUGAAGUUCACAAAGAAGCUCAGGAGAAACCAGGAAAGUGCAAGUACCCUCUUUUGCCUCCUUGUGCAGCAUUUGUAGAGAUCAUGGCUCCAGUGUUUUCGCGAGCUGCAUGGCGCUGUGUGUGGCAUAUGAUUCAGAAUGAAUUUGUGCAUGGCUGGGGUCUUGAUUUUGCUUUUAGAAAAUGUGUUGAGCCUGCACAUGAGAAGAUUGGAGUUGUUGAUGCUCAGUGGAUUGUUCACCAAGGUGUUCCCUCAUUAGGGAAUCAGGGAGAAGCACAAGCUGGGAAACCUGCAUGGCGAGCGGUGAAGGAAAGGUGUGGGAUGGAAUGGAGGAUGUUCCAGGGCCGGUUGACAAAUGCAGAGAGGUCAUAUUACAAAUCCAAGGGAAUUAAUUAUACACAUUUGCUCGUUCAUAAUUAGGGGGAUCAUAUCAACAAUUUUUACAUUUAAUUGUUAUUCUUUCAUACAUACAUCAUUGUGUAGUUGAAACUUGAGAUUUCAUUACAAUCUACAACAACAUAUUUGGACAGCAGAGUCAAUAAGAGCCACUCUGUUAGUUCUGAUAUGCCUAAUCUACAUGAGAGGUUUCUCAAAUAAAAAGAAUAAUGAUAUCAUGCACAGUUUCUAUUGAUUAGAUAA